AUGGGUUCCGAAUUAGGACUCACUGCCGACACGCAGGCGGCGCUCGACCUUUCACCAGCCAGUAUCUGGUGGGUCGUCUGGGGAUGUGUCUGGACGGCCCUCGUCGUCGCUGGCAUGGCCUAUCUCGUCAAGAAUCGUGAUAUGCCGACGCUGAGAAUUCGAGGCCUCGCUCUUUCACUGUCUUCCAUCGUUCUUUUGCAUCUAUUCGGUUGGGUAUGUCAGUUUGGUCUUCUGAUUGGCGCCCUGAUGCCGGGUGAUACUCAGUACUGGGUCAUGGGCACAUACCUUCCAUGCGGCAUCGCUCUCUUCCACGCCUCCAAUGCCCGAUUCCUCCACGUUGCCAAGCUUCAGCGCAAGUACGCCGUUCAAGGACGCCGUUCGCUCGAUGCGGUGCUGGAUGUGAAGCCCAAGGCGGGUCUCAUCAAUCGUUUCCGCAGCCUCAAUUACACAACAAAGAUUGUCAUCGCCGUCGGUAUUGCGAUGAUCGUUCAGAUCUUUCUCACAGUCCUCAUGUAUCUCAUCUCUCGCAAAUGGCAUAGUUCGUGGGGAAUUCCCGGUACAGAAGUCCAUGGAAGUCCCAUGGCCCAAAAGGCAGCCCAGGGUUCAGGCUGGGAAUGGUGGCCUGGUGUUUUCUGGCAAUUUGUGUGGUCGUGGGUGGUGGCCCCGAUCGUCCUCUGGAAAUCACGAAACAUUCGCGAUACGCAAGGCUGGCGCCUUCAAACUAUUGGCUGCGCCCUGGGAAGUCUGCAUGCAACACCUAUGUGGCUCAUUGCUCUUUACGUGCCAGGCAUGGCGCCUGUGAACCGAUACUUUAUCCCCCCACAAUGGAUCUGCUUGUCGAUCUGGAUCAUCGAGAUUUUCACAGUCUUCCUUCCCUGCUGGGAGGUCAUGCGUCACCAAUCGCUUCGGCAGGAAACUCUGGAUUCUAUCGCGCGGUGGGAAGCCAGAGUGAAGGUGAACUCCUCGGAGGAUAAAUCAUUCAAGUCGGAUACCACCGUUGUCGAGUCUAUGGUAUCAGGUCGAAAGUCCAUGAAUGCGUCGAUUCAGACGAAUGGCUCCCGCGACAGCAUUUUGACCAUGGGUGCCCUUGAACACGUCCUGGAGCGUAAUCCUCUCCCAUUGCUGGAGUUCUCCGCGCUGCGCGAAUUCUCCGGAGAAAACAUUGCCUUUCUCAUGGGGGUUGCGACAUGGAAGAACUCACUACCGCACGUGUUGAAGAACCAGACUACUUCUCGUGACGGCCAAUCCCAAGAUCUUCUCCGUCGAGCCUUCAACGAUGCCCUGGGCAUCUACGUCGAUUUCAUCAGCGUGCGUCACGCCGAGUUCCCGGUCAACAUCUCUUCGAAUGAUCUCAAAUUCCUCGAAGAUACCUUCGAGCGUGCUGCAUGCCUUCUUUACGGUGACGAACGCGAGGCUGACCCAGUCACCCCUUACGAUAAUUUCGCCAUGGAACCUAUUUCCCCCACUGUCUCAGAGGGUUCGGAAGCACAUAUCGCGAACGGGACUCGUCAUCGCAUCUAUUAUUGGGGUGACAUACCGGACCACUUCGAUGCGACUAUCUUUCGGGAUGCUGAGGCAAGCAUUAAAUAUCUCGUCCUCACCAACACAUGGCCCAAAUUCAUCAAGAGUCAACGGUAUGCCUCAGUUGACUCUCUGGGGACUCUCACGGACAUGUAUAAGACUGUUUGA